UUUGGGCCUAUUGUGACUGCAGAAAGAUGAGUCCUCCUACUGCCAUGAGCGAAGAAGAAAAAGAUACAUUUAAAAUUUUAGUUGCUACGGAUAUCCAUCUGGGCUAUUUGGAGAAGGACGCUGUGCGUGGAAAUGAUACUUUUGUGACUUUUGAUGAAAUUUUGAAACUUGCUCAAGAUAAUGAGGUGGACUUUAUUUUAUUAGGUGGAGAUCUCUUUCAUGAAAACAAACCCUCCCGGAAAACAUUACACAGUUGCGUAGAAUUAUUAAGGAAAUAUUGCAUGGGUGACCGUCCUGUGCAGUUUGAAAUUCUGAGCGACCAGUCAGUUAACUUUGGUUUUAGCAAAUUUCCAUGGGUGAACUACCAAGAUGGAAAUCUCAAUGUUUCUAUGCCAGUUUUUAGUAUUCAUGGCAACCAUGAUGAUCCAACGGGGGCAGAUGCGCUUUGUGCUUUGGACAUUUUAAGUUGCGCAGGUCUUCUGAAUCACUUUGGACGAUCGCCAUCUGUAGAGAAGAUAGAUAUCAGUCCUGUUUUGCUUCAGAAAGGCAAUUCAAAAAUUGCUCUCUAUGGUCUAGGAUCCAUUCCAGAUGAGAGGUUGUACCGAAUGUUUGUGAAUAAACAAGUCACCAUGCUGAGGCCAAAGGAAGAUGAGGACAGUUGGUUUAAUCUGUUUGUAAUUCAUCAGAACAGGAGUAAACAUGGUGCCACAAAUUAUAUCCCUGAGCAGUUUUUAGAUGAUUUUAUUGACCUUGUAAUCUGGGGUCACGAGCACGAAUGUAAAAUAUCGCCAACUCGGAACGAGCAGCAGCUUUUCUACGUUUCCCAGCCAGGAAGUUCAGUGGUCACAUCUCUGUCGCCAGGAGAAGCUGUGAAAAAGCACAUUGGCUUGCUGCUUGUCAAAGGCAAGAAGAUGAACCUGCAGAAGAUCCCUCUCCAGACGGUGCGGCCUUUCUACAUAGAUGAUGUUGUCCUAGCUGACCAUCCAGACAUCUUCAACCCCGACAAUCCUAAAGUGACACAAGCCAUACAAGCUUUCUGCAUGGAGAAGGUAGAAACUAUGCUGGACAAUGCAGAAAGAGCACGUCUUGGAAAUCCCCAGCAGCCAGAAAAGCCUCUUAUAAGAUUACGGGUGGAUUACAGUGGAGGCUUCGAACCAUUCAGUGUCGUCCGUUUCAGCCAGAAAUACAUGGAUAGGAUAGCUAAUCCAAAAGAUGUCAUACAUUUUUUCAGACAUCGGGAGCAAAAAGAGAAAAAUGAGGAGAUUAACUUUGGAAAGUUUGUUCACAAGCCGGCCUCAGAAGGAGCAACUUUGAGGGUGGAGGAUCUUGUGAAGCAGUACUUCCAGACAGCAGAGAAGAAAAUGCAGCUGUCUCUCCUGACUGAAAGGGGCAUGGGAGAAGCCGUGCAAGAGUUUGUGGACAAGGAGGAAAAAGAUGCGAUAGAAGAGCUAGUGAAAUUCCAGCUAGAAAAGACCCAGCGAUUUCUGAAGGAACGACAUAUAGAUGCAGAAGAAGCAAACAUUGAUGAAGAGGUGCGGGUGUUCAGAGAGUCAAGGAAAAAGAAUACCGAGGAGGAAGACGAGGAAGUUCGUGAGGCUAUCAACAGGGCCAAAUCCCACCGAUCUCAGGGAGCUGCACAGGAUUAUGUCAUGAGUGAUGACGACUUCAUGGAAGCGGCCAGCGAUGAUGCAAAUGAGGCUUUUUCUUUGGCACCCAGCAGGGGCAGAGGCAGAGGUCGGGGAAGAGGCGGAAGAGGGCAGACCUCACCCGCCAGAGGAGGGCCUCAGCGAGGAAGAGGAUGGAGCACAGGUCAAGAUCAGACACAUAGCAGUAGAAUGUACAAUCCUGUAUCCACUUCUACAAAGAACAUGUCUAUCUUGGAUGCUUUUAAAUCACCAAGGCAGCAGCCCUCCCGGAACAUUCCUGCCAAGAGUUAUUCAGAGGCAAUUGAAGAUGAUGACUCUGAUUUGGAAGAAGUGUCCUUUACUCCUUCUUCCACAGCAAAUCAAAGGUUAUCGAGCUCGGCAGCAUCUAGCAAAAGGAGUUCUCAGAGCCAAGCAACGAGAAGAGUCGAGACUCUGUCCGAUGAGGAUGAGUUUGACCCAUUCAAGAGUACUUCUACUUCAAGAAGAAACAGACGAUAACUUCACAGUCCAUUGUACAGAAGGAUAUUGG